AUGACGAUUGAUCAAUUCAACACGUCAACACUAUUCGCUACGGUCCGUGAUGCUGGUAAUUUUAAAGGAGAAGAAGAAAUUCUUUUCUCUAUGCAUUUCAUCUUUCGUAUUGGAUCAAUACAACAAAUCAAUGGAAAUGACCGUCUUAGGCAAGUCGAUUUAAUAUUGAUCAUUGGCAAUGAUCCAGAUCUUCAUACACUUACUGAAUACAUGUGGUUUGGAUAUGUUGCUAAUUAA